AUGGAUAUAAUAGAGUUCAAUUUGAAUCAUACAGAUCAAGAAUUUCAUCCUGAAUUUGCUUCGGAUCAACGUAAUUUUGAGAUUUGUCUUAAUCAAACAAAGUUAUCAUCAGUUGAUCAAAAACAUUUGCUCAAUAAAACUCGACAAUGGGGUGGAGAAUUGGGCAUCGAUAAAACUUUGAAACAAUAUGACUUAGAUGCGCUCAUUGUGGCGGAUACUUUGUAUGCACUGGUGAUGAUGGCAUCAGCAGCUGGCUAUCCUCUGAUUAGUGUUCCAAUGGGAUACAAGCAACUGAAUGGUCAACCUUUUGGUUUAAUUAUCGCUGGUACAUCUUGGUCUGAACCGAUGCUACUACGUAUCGCGCACGGAUUCGAACAAGUAUCACGUGUUCGAGAUCAACGUCGACCUCCAUAUGCUGCACCCUGA